AUGUCGGACCCAGCCACCCAGGCCAUGCAACCGCGGCUCCUCCACCACCACCCGGCUGCUCAGAGCCAGCAGACCCCCUCGGGAUCCACCUCCUCCGGGAGCAGCGAUCCAGCCAGACCCGGCCUCAGCCAGCAGCAGCGGGCGAGCCAAAAGAAAGCCCAAGUGCGAGCCUUUCCCCGGGCGAAGAAGCUGGAGAAACUCGGCGUGUUUUCGGCGUGUAAGGCUAACGAUACGUGCAAAUGCAAUGGAUGGAAAAACCCCAAUCCACCUACAGCCACUCGUAUGGACCUCCAGCAGCAAGCGGCCAGCCUGAGCGAGCCCUGCCGCAGCUGUGGACAUGCCCUGGCAGACCAUGUUUCCCACUUGGAGAAUGUAUCCGAAGAUGAAAUCAACAGACUCCUGGGAAUGGUGGUGGAUGUGGAGAACCUAUUUAUGUCAGUGCACAAAGAGGAGGACACUGAUACCAAACAAGUCUAUUUUUAUCUUUUCAAGUUGUUGAGAAAAUGCAUUCUCCAGAUGAGUCAGCCGGUUGUAGAGGGAUCAUUAGGAAGCCCGCCCUUUGAGAAGCCAAAUAUUGAACAGGGAGUGUUGAAUUUUGUGCAGUAUAAAUUCAGCCAUCUGGCGCCAAAGGAGAGGCAGACCAUGUUCGAGCUUUCGAAAAUGUUCCUCUUGUGCCUAAACUAUUGGAAACUGGAGACGCCCACUCAGUAUCGCCAGCGCACCCAGAAGGAAGAUGCUACGGCCUACAAAGUGGACUACACCCGGUGGCUCUGUUACUGCCACGUGCCGCAGAGCAACGACAGCUUACCGCGCUUCGAAACCACGCAGGUUUUUGGCCGCAGUUUGCUCAAGUCCAUCUUCACGGUGACGAGGCGACAGCUGCUGGAGAAGUUCCGUGUGGAGAAGGACAAACUUCUGCCGGAGAAACGCACACUGAUCCUCACUCACUUCCCCAAGUUUUUGUCGAUGCUCGAAGAGGAAAUAUAUGGAGAGAAUUCACCGAUCUGGGAAGCGGAUUUCAUCAUGCCGGCUUCAGACGGGGCUCAGCUCGGGCAAACGGGGAUCAGUGCCUCUGUGGCGUCCGGCUCUCCUGGACUCGUGAAGGGUCUGAGCAGUGCCUCUUCGCUCACCAGUUUGGAGACUGGAGUUACCGAGACCAUAACAGGCGAGAAGCGUAAACUUCCGGAGGUGCUAACACUGGAAGACGCCAAACGGAUCCGUGUGAUGGGAGACAUCCCCAUGGAGCUGGUGAACGAGGUCAUGAUGACCAUCACUGACCCAGCCGCCAUGCUCGGACCAGAGACCAGUCUUCUGACCCCAAACGCCGCCCGGGAUGAGACUGCACGGCUGGAGGAGAGGAGAGGCAUCAUCGAGUUCCAUGUGAUCGGAAACUCUCUGUCGCAGAAGUCCAACAAGAAGAUCCUGAUGUGGCUGGUGGGGCUGCAGAACGUCUUCUCCCACCAGCUCCCGCGGAUGCCCAAAGAAUACAUCACACGACUGGUUUUCGACCCGAAGCACAAAACGCUGGCCCUGAUCAAAGACGGCCGCGUCAUCGGAGGCGUGUGUUUCCGGAUGUUUCCCACUCAGGGCUUCACAGAGAUCGUCUUCUGUGCGGUGACCUCCAACGAGCAAGUCAAGGGCUAUGGCACUCACCUGAUGAAUCACCUCAAAGAAUACCACAUCAAACACAGCAUCCUUUACUUCCUCACCUACGCCGAUGAGUACGCAAUUGGAUACUUCAAAAAACAGGGCUUCUCCAAAGACAUCAAAGUUCCCAAGAGCCGUUACCUGGGUUACAUCAAAGACUACGAGGGCGCUACGCUAAUGGAGUGUGAGCUAAACCCUCGCAUCCCCUACACAGAGCUGUCGCACAUCAUCAAGAGGCAGAAGGAGAUCAUCAAGAAGCUGAUCGAGAGGAAGCAGAGUCAGAUCCGUAAAGUUUACCCUGGACUCACCUGCUUCAAAGAGGGAGUGCGGCAGAUCCCUGUGGAGAGCAUCCCGGGCAUCCGAGAAUCGGGCUGGAAACCGAGCGGAAAAGACAAAAGUAAAGAGGUGAAGGACCCUGACGUGUUGUACAACAUGUUAAAGAACCUUCUGGCCCAGAUCAAGACCCACCCUGACGCCUGGCCUUUCAUGGAACCAGUGAAGAAGUCAGAAGCUCCAGAUUAUUACGAGAUCAUUCGCUUUCCCAUCGACUUGAAGACCAUGACGGAGCGCCUGAAGAACCGAUACUACGUGACGAAAAAGCUCUUCAUCGCCGACCUGCAGCGGAUCAUCACGAACUGUCGCGAGUACAACCCGCCCGACAGCCAGUACUGCAAGUGCGCCAACACGCUGGAGAAGUUCUUCUACUUCAAGCUCAAAGACGGGGGCCUCAUCGAGAAGUGA